AUGGCAUCCACACAUAAAAACGAAGAGAACUCCCUCGAUGACAUUUUCGGCUCCUCCCCACCACGGAGCGAAAGGAAGCUCAACGCCCCGACCCGCGCAGCCACAGAAGCUUCCGAACCCUCCGACCUACCAUCUCUCCGCCGCCAGCACGUCACAGCCGGAUACCGCGACGGCACCUCAAGCUCCAAAGGCCUCCAUGUGCAAGAUGGUUUUGACGCCGGAUUUCCCGUGGGCGCGCAGAUGGGCAUGCGUGCUGGUACAGUCCUCGGCAUAAUGGAGGGGCUAUUGCGCGGAUUCGAAGAGCGCAGCGGGCCGGGCGUCGUGAAGAAGCCUGUGCGGGGUCCCGCUGCGGCAACGUCAUCUACUGGCACUGAGACGAAUGAUGAGGAGAUUGCGGAACUGCGUCGUGCGAAGAAAGAGCAAAUUCGCUCGCUGUACCAGGCUGCGCUGAAGGAGUUGGAUGUGCAGGCUGUUUUUUCUGGGGGUGAAAGAGAUGGGGCUACGGAGGUUGUUCCUGCUGGUCAGGGAGAGGAGACGGCCGAGACACAGCUGGCUAUGAAGGGGGACCCGGUCAUCGCUAAGUGGGAGGCUACUGCUGCGGUGCCGCGGUGGGAGGAGAAUAUGGAGGCUCUGGAGAUGAAGGAGAAGGAGAAGGAGGAGAACGAGCAGGGACACAAGGGCGAGGGCCAGACUGUGGAGCAGAGUUGA